AUGACACUGACGUCGCGCCUUCACAUUCCGUGGCAUAACACCAACUUCUCUGCGCCCUCCGCCACACCCAUACUUCCUGUGUCCUUGGGUGGGCCCAUUACUACCCUGACCACCACACUCAUCCUCAUCUUACUCGCUGCCAUUGUAUCAGCAAGCUCCAAACCCCCAAGGGCGAAUGGGAAGCCUAUUCCGCUCCUCAACCCCAAGCGCUGGUACGAGCUGACCACAGCCCGCGCCCGCCGCGAGUAUGACGCAGACAGCUGGAACAUGACGCUGCAGGGGAUGGAAAAGUACCACGGCGAGCCCUUCCGGCUGCUCACGGGGGAGCUUGACGGCUCCGAGGCCGUCCUCCUGCCGCCGCGGUACGCGGAGGAGCUCAAGAACGACGAACGCUUGAGCUUCACGUCGCUCAAGAAGAGGGGCCUCCAUGGCGAGCUGCCCGGCUUUGAGACCAUCGGUACGCUGGACCAGCGUAACCGGAUAAUUCAGAUGGUGGCACAGCAGGACCUCACCCGCGCGCUGCCGCGGCUGACUACCGCGCUGUCGGCCGAGUGCGCAGCGGCGCUGAAAGACGCGGUCGGCGAAGGGAAGGACUGGCACGACGUCGUGGUCAGGAGCGGUAUAAGCCUACCACUAGUCGCACGCCUCAGCACUCUGGCCUUCAUGGGGCCCGAGGCAUGCUACGACCAGGAGUGGAUCGAUAUCUCGAUUUCUUUUACCGUAAACAUUAUGUUGGCGACGAUAGCGCUCCAAGCCUACCCGCGCUGGCUGCGGCCCAUGGCGAACUACCUCGUACCAGAGUGCCGGCUCUUGCGGGCCCAAGAGCGCCGGGCGCGAGACAUUAUCGACGAGAAGCUAGCGGCGCGCCGGAGGUUCAGAGAGGAGGAGGCACGCCAGGGCCGCGGCAGUGAGGUCCGGCCCAGCGACGCGCUGGACUGGUUCCAGAGCCAGCACCAGAGGCUCGGUGGCGAGUACAACCCGGCACUCACGCAACUGAUGCUUUCAUUCGCGGCCAUCCAUACCACAGCUGACCUGCUGACGCAGGUGAUGCUGGAUCUCGCGGUGCACCAAAAUUUGAUUGAGCCGCUGAGAAGGGAGAUCGUGGAAGCGCUGGACGGGGGGCCGAUUGACAAAACGGCGACCCAAAAGAUGACGCUGCUGGAUAGCGUGAUGAAGGAAACCCAGAGGAUGAAGCCCAUGCAGAUCGCAUUCAUGGAGCGGGAAGUCCUCCAGGAUGUCACGCUCUCGAAUAAUGUCGAGCUGAAACGCGGGACAGCAACCAUGAUCAUGCCAAGGUUGAGAGAUCCCACGCUGUAUGAAAAUCCAGAUGAGUAUGAUGGGUACCGCUUCGCCCGACUGAGGCAGCAAGCUGGUAAAGAGAAGGCCGGUCAGCUCGUGACAGUCACACCCGACUUCAUUGCCUUUGGGUUUGGUACGCACGCCUGCCCGGGACGUUUCUUCGCUGCGCACGAGGCCAAGUUGAUGAUGUGCCAUCUGUUGCUCAAGUACGACUGGAAGGUGGCCGAAGGGGCUGAGCAGCCGAAGUGGCGAGCGCGCGGGAACGGGCUCGAGUGUGAUGGACUGGCUAAGAUUGCCAUCCGCAGACGGGACGCUGGAGAGGAGGUGCCACUGUGA